AUGCCUCAAGGUGAUCGCCCCGCAGACAAGCCUGAUGGCUUCUCUAAAUACCUUAAGCGUAUCAAGACCAUCCUUCGUCCCCGGUCAAUGUCCAAACGACAAUCUAUAGCUCCUGGGGUAGCCACCCCAGCCGAAACUACUGCACCAAAGGCACCAUCACCGGCACCAGCACCAGCACCAGCACCAGCAUCAGGGUCGGCACCAGGGCCAGAGCCAGGAUCAGGACCAGCGUCAGCAUCAAAGCCAGCAUCGGAAUCAGGACCAGCAUCAGCACCACCCCAAGAGCCUAGCACACCGGGUCCCGUCAUGAUCACCGACUACAGCACGGUCCAGCGUGAAAAGGCACGCGCCCUCUUCGCCAAAUACGGCCUGGCCAUCGACACCAGCGAAUGGAAGACUCCCACCGACCCCAAGAUAACGCGCGUAACAAAGCCAAUCCGCAUGCGAGUGCAUCGCACCUGCCACCGCUGCGAAACGACCUUCGGCGCAGAGAAAAUAUGCAUCAACUGCCAGCACACACGCUGCACAAAGUGUCCCCGCUAUCCAACCGCACGCAACACAGAUGCCGAACCAGUAAUCCGGAAGGCCAAGAACCCAGGGAUUUAUGUUCUCCAACCCCGACUGUUCCCCAGGACCUCGCACCUCAAGCUCAGCACCACCAAGGAAAUUUCAUUCAAGAUGCCAUCACCCACGGGCGGCCAAGAUUUCAUUCAUCGGCCAGUGCGCCAGCGUGUACACCGCUACUGUCACAACUGCGACUUUCUAUUUACUUCUGGAUCCAAGGAAUGUCCAAAUUGCAGUCAUGUGCGCUGUAAGAUUUGCCCGCGGGACCCGGCUAAACUUCAUAAAUAUCCUGAUGGCUACGCGGGUGAUGCUGAUCGCCCAAAAGCUAGACCCGAGCGCACGUUUAAGAAGACUCGUCGCAGAGUCCAUUAUGAAUGUCAUGUUUGUCGGACUUGGUUCCAGGGUAAUGGGGAAACUUGUGUGAAGUGUGGUCAGGCGAAGUGUGAUGAAACUAUACGAAUCCCACCUAAAAGGGUGAAACCAGAAACAAGCCCUGAGAUUCUUAGGAGUAUUGAAGAAAAACUAGCAGCUAUGGCGCUUGGACAUACCCCGGACAUUGUGGAAGGGGCGGCUUGA